AUGCUUUCGCAGAACCAGUUUAGUCUACAGCAGUUGCAACAUAUACAGCAGCAGCCCACACGGAGCCUGACUUCGACUGACAACACUAAUGUUAAUAUGAACUUCCAGCAAAUUCCGCAGGGCCAGCCGGUGCAACAGGUAGCACAGGGCCAGCAGCCUGGGAACCGGGCCAGCCAGAGCGUGCCUUAUCCGACAGACAACAUUUCUAUCGAUGCGAACCAGCCGAGGCUCUCGAUUAACGCGGACGCUGGGGUUGCCGGUAAUAGCGGGAUUCUGGACGAGGGUCUCUCUUUCCAUCACGUGACUUCGGGAGGAAACCUAUCACUACAGCAGUUACAGCAGCAGCAGCAACAGCAACAACAGCUCAGACAACAGACAAACUCCCUAACCAGCGCCCAAACCCAGGCUAGCAGAAAUAGACAAUCACUACAGAUGCAUCGUUCAAACAACCAGUUGGACCCUAGGUCUCCGUUGGUCGUGCUAAUGCCAACCAACGCGAACCCUACAGAAGUUCUAGCACAGAGGUUCGCCGCCUGGAGAAGCAUCAUCAGAUCUUUACUCGUGUACUUACAGGAAACGGUUUCCAUACAGGACGAAUUGGUGAGGCAGCAUUUAAGGUUACAACACGCUAUCAACUUCCCUUUCUUCACCAUCGAUAACCAGUAUCAGCCAACCACGCCUGAGGAGAAAAAUAUGCAGAGAUUCUUCGUACCGCUAGGCCAUGGAUCCAUCCAGGACUUGCCUACCUUGUUCAACCAAUACCAUACUCAAAUGGUGCAUGCUGCCUCGAAGGCGUCCAAAGAGCUAAAUACUGAGGUGAUUCCUAGAUUGGAAGAUAUGAGACGUGACUUGCUUGUUAAAAUCAAGGAAAUUCAGUCUCUAGAGUCGGACUUCAAGAACUCCUGUAGUAGGGAACUACAAGAAACAAAAAUACGCUUGAAAGCGUUCCAAGACUCUUUGGAAGCAGCCAAAUACGGUUCAGUGAAAGAGGAUCCAUACUUGACGAAGAUCCUGCUGGAAAAACAGAUCAAGAAACAGUUAACUGAGGAAAACUUUUUACAUGAAGCAUUUAAUAAUAUACAAACCUCGGGUAAGGAACUAGAAAAAGUUGUAAUGAUGGAAAUUCAAAACGCUUUGACCAUAUACGCAAGGCUCUUGGGUCAAGAAGCCCAGUUGGUCUUCGACACGCUUAUCACAAAAUUGGAUAGCGGCUUCUUCAGUAAAGAUCCUGUGUUCGAAUGGGAGAAUUUCGUGGCAAAGGAUAGCAAUUUCAUCGAUCCUAACCUGCCAAUGAGACGUAUCAAAGAAAUUGUCUACAAAAACCAAAAUGACCCAUUCACCUACGAAAUUAAGUCAGGUGUACUAGAAAGAAGAUCCAAGUUCUUGAAAUCCUAUUCAAGAGGCUUCUAUGUCUUAACACCAAGUUUCCUACACGAAUUUAAGUCGGGAGACAGAAAGAAGGAUUUAGUGCCGGUAAUAUCAUUGUCCUUAAACGACUGUACUGUAGCAGAGCAUUCCAAAAAGGGCUCUUCAGAUUUCAAGUUUAUUUUGCAUACAAAACAAAAUGGUAUUAUUCACAGAGGGCAUAACUGGGUAUUCAGAACAGACUCAUACGAAUCUAUGAUGGACUGGUUCAAUAAUAUAAAGAAAUUAACUUCAAUUUCUAACCCAGUAGAAAAAGCAAGACUAGUCAACGAAAAGCUAGUACAAGAUCGUGAAGGACCAAAAUCCAACCUCGAUCAGUCACAAUCAACCCCUCAAAAUAACCAGGCUCCAAGAAUCAGUUUCGAUAAUGAGGAUUCUAUGCUAGCAACUCCAAAAACAGAAAAUGAAGUUAAUGCCUUCUCAGAAACAACUGGAAAUACAACUCUAAACAAUUCUGUUGUUGAACACAUGAACAAAGGAGCAAAUUUCACAACCCCUAAAAAUCCUCGUAAAUCAGCUCAGUACUCUCUAGACAGUCGAACUGCCAACGGUACAUGA